AUGGAGGGGCCCCAGGGAAGCAGCAGCAGCAGCAGCAGCAGCAGCAAGCUAGCUGCAGAGACACAAGCAGCGGCAACAGCAACAACACACGCCGCCGAGCUAAGAACAGCAACAGCAGCGGAAGAUGCAGCAGCAGCAGGAGUAGCAGCAGCAGACGCAGCACCAACAGCAGCUGCAGCAGAAGCAGCAGAAGCAGCAGCAGCAGCAGCAGCAGCAACGAGUUGCUCAGAAGAUGAUGAACCAGAGUUGGUGGCUGUUCGCCUACCUGUAGCCUCAGUGCUGCGGCCCCACACCCCACAGCCCCUCAAAGCUUUUGUUGCUGCUGCUGCUGCUGCUGCUGAGAAGCAGCAGCAAGCACAUGAUGGCACCGCAGCAGCAAAUCCGUCCUCAUCGCUCGUGAAGGAGCUGCAGCAAAACGCAGGUGCUCAGUUAGCAGCAGCAGCAACAACAACAGCAGCAACAACAACAGCAGCAGCAACAACAACAACAGCAACAGCGGUAGCAGCAACAGCUGCAACAGAAGCAAGCCCCUGGGGUGAUAUCCAUUCUUCGAAGAGAAGGAAGGGAGAGCAGCAGCAACAGCAACAGCAGCAGCAGCAGCUACAGCAGCAGCAGCAGCAGCAGCAAGUCGUGAUGCCGCUUGCAGGUGCUUCAGCUCCGCAAGCAGCAAACUCCAUCAGUGCUAUUGAUGCAGCAGCAGCAGCUGCUGCUGCUGCUACUUCAGCUUUUAAGAUCUCAGCAGCAAGACCAGAAGCCACGCUACCUGCAGCAGCAGCAGCAGCAGCAACAACAAUAGAAGCGACAACUGCCACGCGCGACAGCGGCUCGCGGCCGCGUGCAGCAUCAGCAUCAGCAGCAGCAGCAGCAGCAAAGGCGUCUGCAUCUCCCGCAGCAGCAGCAUCAGCAGCAGCAGCUGCUGCUGCUGUAGAGCAGCUGCAGCAAGGCCUCACGCGAGAGAAGCUGCAGCUGCUGCGGUUUGUCCCAGGCGUAGGGCGCUCCGUGUUGGAGACAGUAUAUGAGAUUGCUGCUAGGGGCAGCAGCAGCAGAACGCUGCUGCUGCAGCAGGAUGCAGCAGCAGCAGCAGCAGCAGCGCAGCAGCAGGAGCUGCAGCUCAUCUUCGGGGGGCGAUGA